AUGAGAACUCCAGCCGAAUUGAAUCCAAACAAGAACAGAGGCGAACCAGCACCAUCGCCUGUCGGGUUCGACAACGCUCCUGCCUGUGAAGAAUCUAUUACUGUCAAGAUACAGGGCGGAAUUCCUUCUUGGGUGAAUGGCGUACUUUAUCGUUCAGGAUCUGGACGAUACAACAUCCUUAUGGAUAAUGGCGAUACCCACCAUAUCGGACAUCCAUUUGACGGCCUAGCAAUGCUUCAUCGGUUCGAAGUUUCCGGCAAAACGCAAACUGUCAAGUACAACUCACGGCACACAUCGCAUGGUCUCGAGCAGCGGAUACGCGAUGGUGACAAGACCUUGCUCACAUUUGGUCCUGACCCAUGCAAAACCAUCUUUGGUCGUAUGCAAACCUUCUAUCACCACAUUACAGAGUUCAACCAUACUAUGGCUAAACAAGAAGAAGAUCCUGAAUAUGAUAUGGUAAACGUGACGAUCACACCCAACUUCCCUAUUGGUAAAAGACUCGAGCAAGAGACGGGUGUCAAGCGUGGUGAAGCGGUGGUCGUAAAACGCGAUGCCGAUACUUUGCAGCUCGUGGACAAGAAAACCUUAAAGCCUUUAAAAAUGUUUACUUAUUCGCAUGUAGACAAGAAGUUGUGGGGAAUGCUAUGUUCAUCACAUCAUCAAUAUGACGCGGAAACAAACGAGUAUGUGAACUUCAUGGUCAGACUCGGUCCGUUUCCUAGUUUCCAGACGUUUGCAAUCGGACCGUAUGCUCCACAGCCGGAUGUGAAAGGAGACAUGCCUCCACCAGAAACCACUGUGCACGAACCCAUCUGGCGCCACUUGGGCUCUUGGAACACUAUGGAGACCUUGAAGCCAGCGUAUAUCCACUCGUUUAAUAUGACCAAGAACUACAUCAUCGUUCCCAAUUUCCCUUAUUACUAUGCAUUUGGCGGUGUCGCCGCUAUUUAUUACUCUAACGCCUAUCAAACAUUCCAUUGGGAUGGAAGCCGACGAACUCUUUUCCAUGUGAUUGACCGCCAUACAAAGCGACAUGUUGCCACCUACGAGGCCGAACCGUGCUUCGGAUUCCACUCAGCAAACGCAUGGGACGAAGAAGUGACACUCCCAGGCGGCGGCACAGAGCGUGUGAUCUACCUCGAUUAUUGCAUGUACGAAAACACUGAUAUUGUGGACGCAAGCUUCGAACUUGGCAAGGCGCCGAGUGGCAAGGUGGACUUGGAUCGUGUGCAGCCAGCACGAUUUGUAGUCAAGAAAAAGGCUCAAGGCAAACCUGGCAGCAAGAUUGCACCUUCUCAGGUUCGGCGAUACAGAUUAGGUCAAGUGCCUCGCAGCAGCGACAACGAGUAUCCAUGGUCUCCAUCCAACCUGACAGGCGGAUACCUAUUCAGCGGUAUGCGAGAAUACAACAAGCGUCGUGUCGCAUCUUACUCAGUUUUAGCCCAGGACGUGGAGCUACCUCGUUUCAACCAGCAAUAUAACCUCAAAAAGUAUCGCUAUCUCUAUGGUGUAUGUGAGUCGCGCUUUGCACCUUCAUAUGCAUCUGGCGCUGUCGUAAAUGGAUUGAUCAAGGUGGAUCUAGACCAGCCUUAUCUUGGAUCCAACACUGAUCAAGCAAGCACAUCCAAGAUCUGGGACAUGCCUGGUUGCUCUUGCUCUGAACCUAUUUUUGUACCCAAUCCUGACGGAACGGACGAAGACGAUGGCGUCGUGCUUUCAGUGGUGAACGCAGAGACGGACCAAGGCAUCCAAACCUUUUUCCUGCUUAUUCUCGACGCGCAAUCCAUGAAAGAAAUUGGCCGCUCUACACUUGGGUCCUUCAAUGCUCUCACACUCCAUGGUUCGUUUGUUGACUCGCGUGGCGUAGGUAUUGCUAUCAAUUAA